AUGGCGUACGCAGAGCUGUUUGAGUCGAUAUUGGAGCCCGAGAUUGAAGAUGCCGAGGAGGAAACAUUCUGGCUCUACUCGCAGCCCAUUCCCUCGUCCAACCUGGGCUUCGUCGACCCCAAGGCCAGCACCGUCGACGCGCGCGUCGGCGGCGUCGACUACACGAUCCAUCAGUCCCCCGGCGUCCUGUCCUCUGACCGGGCCGGCGGGACCACCGGCGCCGUGCUGUGGAAGAUUUCACCCGUCUUUGCCGACUGGCUGUCUUCGCCGACCAACUUCCUCUUCGCCUCCUCGCCGCCGCUCCUGGACGCCGCGUCCGCCAUCCUCGAGCUCGGGUGUGGCAUCUCCCCGCUCAACGCCUUUGCGCUCGCCCCGCGCGUCGCCUCCCACACCCUCACCGACCAGGCCUACGUGCAGCGGCUCCUCCAGCGGACCCUCGACGACAACUCGUCCCUCCUCUCCCCGUCUUCUACUUCGUCCUCCUCCUCCUCUUCGUCCCGACGGUCAAAGCCCAAGCCCGGCAGACGCGGCACCGUCUCGUUUGAGACGCUCGACUGGGAGACGGACGAACUGCCGCGGGGCCGCGCCUUUGACGCCGUGCUGGCGUGCGACUGCGUGUACAACUACGCGCUGAUCCCCCCGCUGGUACAGACGUGCGUGGACGCGUGCCGGCGGCGGCAGAGGCACGAGGACGAAGAGGGGGGUGGUGGCGAGCUGGCGAAGAGGCCGAGUCUGUGCAUCGUGGCACAGCAGCUGCGCAACGACGACGUGUUCAAGUCCUGGCUCGAGGCGUUUGUCAAGGAGUUCCGGGUCUGGCGCGUCGCGGACGACAGACUGCCCGAGACGCUGCGGCCGAGUGCCGGUUUCGUGAUACACGUUGGCAUAUUACGAGAAUGA